AUAGUUUUAAGUUAAAAAAUCAUAAAAUCGAUUAUUUUAAUUAAACAUGACGGAGCUAAUUCCUGUUUCUAAUGAUAAACUUGAAAAACAAGAUAAUUUUCAAUCAAAAACGACAACAGCUUAUGAAAAUGAUUUAGCGACUGAAAAUACAUGGGUUAAAUUUCGUAAAGUGUUACGGGAGCCUCUUGCAGAAUUCUUUGCAUGUUUGGUGAUGAUUAUUUUCGGUGAUGGAGUUGUUGCGCAAGUUGUUCUUUCGAAUAGUACAAAAGGAAAUUAUCAAUCAAUUAAUUGGGGUUGGGGUAUUGGUGUUAUGUUUGGUGUUUAUAUUAGUGGAGGAAUUUCUGGGGGGCAUUUAAAUCCAUGUGUAACGCUGGCAAAUUGUGUGUUUCGAAAAUUUCCAUUUUGGAAGUUUCCUAUUUACGCCAUUUCUCAAACACUAGGUUGUUUUUUUGGCGCAUUAAUUGUUUAUCUAAACUAUUAUUCUGCAUUUGAUGCAUUUGAAGGAGCGGGUCUAAGAACAGUUAUUGGAUCGACUUCAACAGCUUCUGUUUUUAGUACCUAUCCUGCUAUUUUUCUUUCAACAGGAAGGCAAUUUUUAUCUGAACUCGUGAGUUCUGCUGUACUUAUGGCAUGUAUUUUUGCUAUUUGUGACCAAUACAAUACGCCAGCAAAUGAUAAAGGCCCUUUGAUUAUUCUUUUUCUCAUUUUCGGUAUUGGCGCAUGUUUGGGUUGGCAAACAGGUUAUGCAAUUAAUAUGUCUCGUGAUUUCGGAACACGUCUUUUAUCUUAUGCUGUAGGUUAUGGUAACGAAGUAUGGUCUGCCGGUCAUUAUUAUUUUUGGGUACCUAUGGUUGCACCUUUUGCAGGAUGUUUAUUGGGAGGGUUUUUAUAUGAUUUCUUUAUUUAUACGGGAACUGAAUCACCAUUGAAUUUUCCAUAUUUUGGUUUAAAACGGUUGUCUCGUAAGGUCUCACGUUCAUUUUUAUGACAUUUAUAAGAUUAUUACUCAGAUGUAGUACUUAGAACUCA